UCGAGCUUGUGUUGAAGUAUGAUACUUGCACAAGUACACAAGCUUCCCCGUUUCUCUCGGGCAACCAGAUUUGCCUCUCUCUCUCUCUUUCUUCUGUCUUUGGAUUUUCCUGCCAUUUAGAGAGAAAAUUCUGUCCAGGGGAAGAAAAAGAAAAUAAUCCAUCUUUAUAUAUCAUUUAUGUGUUUCUGAGAGAAAAUAUAAAAUCACUUACACAUCUCAGGCCUUGCCACCGAGAAGUCUCCCUCUCGGACAUUAACGCACAUCUCUCUCUCUCUCUCUCUCUCUCUCUCCAUAUCUACACACAGAAAUUUGUCCGUCUUGAUUAUGGAGGGAAGGAAAGAAGUAUAAGAAUUUUUUGGUUUCUGGAAUUUGUUUUGUUUUAUACAACAUCGAAGGAGAUGGUCGGGACAGUCAACGGCACGCAGAGUUUCGGUGUCUCCAUGGACGUUCUACCGAAAAACAGAUCCGAUUUGUUCGAUGACGACGGCCGGCCCAAGAGAACCGGAACUGUAUGGACAGCAAGUGCGCACAUAAUAACAGCGGUGAUAGGAUCAGGAGUGUUAUCGUUGGCAUGGGCAGUGGCCCAGCUUGGUUGGGUCGCAGGACCUGCAGUUAUGUUCUUGUUCUCUCUCGUCACUUACUACACUUCGAUUCUCCUCUGUUCCUGUUACCGCUCCGGCGACUCCGUCUCCGGCAAGAGGAACUACACUUACAUGGAUGCUGUUCAAGCCAACCUCGAACCCCUGAAAUCAAUCUGGGCACGUUCAAGUCUGAAUCUUUUCACCCAAACAGAAGCAAAGUUUGAAUCUUCCCAUCUGGGUUGUUGCUGGGAUUCUCAAUUUGAGUUCCAAUCUGUUUUUGGGGUAAAUUCAGGGGGUGUGAAGGUGAAGCUAUGUGGGCUUGUUCAGUACCUUAACCUCUUUGGUACUGCCAUUGGAUACACAAUCGCGUCAGCUGUAAGCAUGAUAGCAAUCCAACGGUCGAAUUGCCAUCACAAAAGCCACGGAAAAGAUCCGUGCCACAUCAACGGAAAUCCGUACAUGAUAGCGUUCGGAGUUGCACAGAUUGUGUUCUCUCAGAUUCCGGACUUUGAUCGGUUAUGGUGGCUCUCCAUCGUCGCCGCAGUGAUGUCAUUCAUGUACUCUUCCAUCGGCCUCGCCCUCGGUGUCUCCAAAGUUGCAGAGAACAAGGAAAUCAAAGGAAGUCUCACCGGAAUCGGUGUCGGGACAGUGACGCCAUCUCAGAAAGUGUGGAGAAGCUUCCAAGCUCUCGGGAACAUUGCCUUUGCCUACUCUUACUCCAUGAUUCUCAUUGAAAUCCAGGACACGUUAAAAUCACCGCCCGUAGAGGAGAAGACGAUGAGGAAGGCGACCCUUAUAAGCGUGGCCGUGACCACACUCUUCUACAUGCUUUGCGGUUGCAUAGGUUAUGCAGCAUUUGGCGAUACAUCUCCGGGAAAUCUCCUGAGCGGAGGUUUCUUCAAUCCAUAUUGGCUCAUCGAUAUAGCCAAUCUAACCAUAGUGAUCCAUCUGGUCGGCGCAUACCAAGUCUAUUGCCAACCCCUGUUUGCGUUCGUCGAGAACCAAGCGUCGAAACGGUUUCCGGACAGCAAACUCAUCACAAAGGAGAUCAAGAUCAGGCUUUUCCCGGGUCGAGAGCCUUACAACUUGAAUCUCUUCAGGCUCGUGUGGAGGACGUUGUUCGUGAUUCUGACCACGCUGAUCUCGAUGCUGAUGCCCUUCUUCAACGACGUGCUCGGAUUCCUGGGGGCGAUCGGGUUUUGGCCUCUCACCGUGUACUUCCCCGUGGAAAUGUACAUAGAACACAAGAGGAUACAGAGAUGGAGUACGAGGUGGGUCUGUCUGCAGGUCUUGAGCUUCGCUUGUCUUGUCGUGACUUUGGCCUCAGCCGCAGGAUCUGUGGUCGGAAUCGUAACCGAUCUCAAGACCUAUAAGCCCUUCAAGACAGAUUUCUGAGCCAUUUGGAAAACAAGGUUUUAUCUUUGACCUUUCUAAAGAGUCAAAGACUUUAGUUGUUGUUGUUGUUGUAACUUUUAUAAUAUAUCAUUAUUAUAAUUAACCAAACAAAAAUAUGUCAUUGCUACAAGAUUCGAGUGGGAUUUGUUCCGAAAUCUACGAAUGUGUUAUUAUUCAAAAACAAAGGAAGCAUCUUUAUGAAUA